CCGAUACUUCCUCCAUGCCGAGACUAUUUAAACCACUGCCCGCGAAAAAAUACACGAAUGAUCGUCUUUCUGACGCCUUCUUAGAGGGUCUGCUGGUUUUAUUUAAUGUUAUUCUGCCCAGGUCAUCAACACAGCGUUUGAUAAUAGUUUAUUCUGCUCACAGUUCGCGGGGACUGUCGUUUUGGAAGAACUAUCCGCGUCAAUCAGGUGGCUGAUAUCCUGUUUUCUUCUCACGGUGACGGACAACUUCAUGGACAUUUAGAUUUUGGUAUCCUAAAACAUAUGAUACGAUUUUGAAUCAGGUUUUCUCAUUACCAUACGAAAGUGUACUGUGCUGUUGCCUGUACACAAGACCAUGGGAGAUAGAGCGAAGAAACAACAGAAACUGGACCCAUUUUUGAAGAAGAUUACUAGUCCAAGUAACACUUCAAACAACCAACAAUCUGACCAAUCUCCAGGAGCUGAUGCCAAGAAAGAAGCACACAAUGAAAGCCAUUCCUUCCGAUACCGCUUUGGAUACCAACAACGCAGAGUUACAUGCCAUACUCAUGGAACGGUCCUGGAUGCACUGCGAACAAGCCCGGAGUUCAAGAAUAUGACAAAGACCAGACAGGGGAUGGAAAUAGUCAUCCAAAGAGAGAAAGAACCACGGGCAGCUGUCAGUACACAUUUCCCCUGUCAUUUAAUUGAUAACGAUGAGCUAGUGACAGUCAGCUUCAUCCGAGUUCUAAACGGUGGUUCUUCAGAUACCCGGGGCCUUUACAAACAGAGUAACCCCCCAAAAAUACAACCUGACAAGUUGAUGACUUUCUGUGUUGAAACUGAGGGUGGACAAAAUAUUAAAACUAAAGUCAUGAAAAACACAGAGCUAAAGAAGAAAGUGAAGUAUGUUUGUGUGUACGGAUACAAAGGGGAAAAGGUGAAGCAAGCCUUGAGGAGAGAUGGGCGAUUUGAUAAAACAGUCUUGAAAACACGCUGUGUUCUUUCUGAGCCAGAGACCGGUGUCGACACAGAGAUGUCCCAGCCAGUUGAUGGUCUUGAUGGGAAAAGUCGUAAAGGUGAAAUGUUGAUUGUGAAGGUGAAACGUAUCGGUCGUGUAUCUCAGCCACAGCCAGAUAGUCUUGAGGACUGGGACAACACGCCAACUGAAGAGCUGUCCGUCCCCUCUGGUGUAACAUCGGAAGCAGCUCUCUCUCCUCAGAAUCCUACCACAACAGUUAAAACACAGUUGCAGUCAAAAGAGGCAGGAAGAGAUGGUAGUUCUCUGGUAGUGAAGCAAAAACGGCAAGAGAUUCCAAACUCUAAAGAGAUCCUAAACAUCCUGCGUUCCCAAUAUGCAGGUUUGGUAGAUCACUUGAAAGAGAGAGAGAAUUUGAAAAAGCCUUCAGACGUGCAACAAUUCUUGAGAGUAGAGUUUGGAAAGAAAACACAGAGCUUCCAAGAGGUGAAGAAAGUGAAGAGACUAAUGGAGCUGAGUGCUUCUGUUUGUCAGGUGAGAAUUGAAGGGACACCAGUAGGAACUGGCUUCCUUCUGUUUGAAAAGUUCAUCCUUACAAACGCCCAUGUUGUCCAUCAAAUCUAUGAGCCGAUAACUAACCAGCUGCAACAAUCAGUAACAGUCACGUUUGACUUUGAAGACCUGGAUGAGAGAACGCAGCAGAUAUCAGUGCAAAGUGAGGUUGUAGCCUAUGGAAAAGUUGAUUCGGGUUGUGUUGACUUUGCUCUGCUGGAGCUUAGCUCAGAUCCUGACAUCACCUUGCCUUCAAGCUUGCUUGACACAUUCAGCUUUCCGUCUCUAGAGGGUGGAAUCUGCAUCGUCGGCCACCCCGAGUGCGGGGUGAAAAAGACAGACCCCUGCUUUAUCAUUCAACAUGGAGAUCGUAAACAAGCUGUAGAAAAACAUGUAAGAGAAAAUGAGGAAUUCUUACAUGUCAUAAACAACAGAUAUUUUGAGGAGAAAUGGGACAUCGAAACACGUCUACCGAGGGACACAGAAAGGAUCACCUAUGACACCUGUUUCUUCCACGGUGCCUCUGGCUCUCCAGUCUUCAAUGAGUACUGCCAGCUGAUCGCUAUGCAUACAGCAGGCUACUCCUACCAGGGUAAAAGAGGGAAAACCCAGAGUGUCAUAGAGUAUGCCAUUCCCCUGUCAGGCAUACUUGAGGAGGUCAUCAUUCAAGCGGUUCGUAGGAAAAGGGUUGAUGUGCUACAGGAAUUCCUGAGCCAGAGGAGUAUGAAAUUAGACGUAGUGAUGGAAAGAGUCAAGGCACAGUCUGAUAAUGCCAGUCUGGUCAAGGCAUUUCAGGAGAAGCUGCCGGUCAACAGUAACUCUUCGGCUACAGAUCAGGGAGAGCAGAGAACCUUCCACCAGUUCCUCUUUGAUAAAGCCACAGGGGUCAACGCCACAGGGGUCGACGUCACAGGGGUUGACGCCACAGGGGUCGACGUUACAGGGGUCGACGCCACAGGGGUCGAAGCCACAGGGGUCGAAGCCAUGGAGGUGGAUGAUAUCUAUGACAAUUGAAAAAAAUGCCCAGUUGUCAUAUUUAAGUAAAAGUAUAGAUACCUUAAUAGAAAGUUACUCAAGUAAAAGUGAAUGUCACCCAGGAAAAUAGUACUGAAGUCUAAAAAGAUUUGAUUCUAAAUAUACUUUAGUAUCAAAAGUAAAAGUGUAAAUCAUUUCAAAUUUCUUACGUUAAGCAAAGCAGACGGCACCAUUUUCUUGUUUUGAAAAUGUAUGGAUAGCCAGGGGCACACUCCAACACUCAGACAACAUUUACAAACGAUGCAUUUGUGUUUAGUGAGUCCCCCAGAUCAGAGGCAGUAGGGAUGACCAGGGAUGUUCUCUGUUUAGUGAGUCCUCCAGAUCAGAGGCAGUAGGGAUGACCAGGGAUGUUCUCUGUUUAGUGAGUCCUCCAGAUCAGAGGCAGUAGGGGUGACCAGGGAUGUUCUCUGUUUAGUGAGUCCUCCAGAUCAGAGGCAGUAGGGAUGACCAGGGAUGUUCUCUGUUUAGUGAGUCCUCCAGAUCAGAGGCUAGUAGGGAUGACCAGGGAUGUUCUCUGUUUAGUGAGUCCUCCAAAUCAGAGGCUAAAAGGGAUGGCCAGGGAUGUUCUCUGUUUAGUGAGUCCUCCAGAUCAGAGGCUAAAAGGGAUGGCCAGGGAUGUUCUCUGUUUAGUGAGUCCUCCAGAUCAGAGGCAGUAGGGAUGACCAGGGAUGUUCUCUGUUUAGUGAGUCCUCCAGAUCAGAGGCAGUAGGGAUGGCCAGGGAUGUUCUCUGUUUAGUGAGUCCUCCAGAUCAGAGGCAGUAGGGAUGACCAGGGAUGUUCUCUGUUUAGUGAGUCCUCCAGAUCAGAGGUAGUAGGGAUGACCAGGGAUGUUCUCUGUUUAGUGAGUCUGCCAGAUCAGAGGCAGUAGGGAUGACCAGGGAUGUUCUCUGUUUAGUGAGUCCUCCAGAUCAGAGGCAGUAGGGAUGACCAGGGGUGUUCUCUGUUUAGUGAGUCCUCCAGAUCAGAGGCAGUAGGGACGACCAGGGAUGUUCUCUGUUUAGUGAGUCCUCCAGAUCAGAGGCUAGUAGGGAUGACCAGGGAUGUUCUCUGUUUAGUGAGUCUGCCAGAUCAGAGGCUAGUAGGGAUGACCAGGGAUGUUCUCUGUUUAGUGAGUCCUCCAGAUCAGAGGCAGUAGGGAUGACCAGGGAUGUUCUCUGUUUAGUGAGUCCUCCAGAUCAGAGGCAGUAGGGAUGACCAGGGAUGUUCUCUGUUUAGUGAGUCCUCCAGAUCAGAGGCAGUAGGGAUGACCAGGGCUGUUCUCUGUUUAGUGAGUCUGCCAGAUCAGAUCAGAGACCGUAGGGAUGACCAGGGAUGUUCUCUGUUUAGUGAGUCCUCCAGAUCAGAGGCAGUAGGGAUGACCAGGGCUGUUCUCUGUUUAGUGAGUCUGCCAGAUCAGAGGCAGUAGGGAUGACCAGGGAUGUUUUCCUGAAUUUGACUAUUUCCUGUCAAAAUGUAAUGAGUACUUUUGUGUGUAUGGAGUAAAAAGUACAUAGUUUUCUUUAGGAAUAUAGUGAAGUAAAAUUCAAAGUUGUCAAAAAUAUAAACAGUAAAGUACAGUACAGGUAUCCCAUAAAACAACUUAAGUAGUAUUUUAAAGUAUUUUUUACUAAAGUACUUUACACCACUGAUGAUUAAUGAAAGUAGUGACGUGUAUAUUAUUAAAAUCCAUACUUUUAAUCUAAA